UUUUUAUUAGAAUUUUAUUUCCUAUGGAGUAAACUAUUCAACUUAACAUUUAAAUUUAUUUUACCGAUGACUUCGGCCGGGCAUGUAAAAAUUUCAUCAAUUUAAAAAUAAAAAAUAAAAAAUGAAAGACUAGUAUAAUCAUUGACGAGAUAAGAAAUUAAAAGCUGCGUAAAUUGAACAAAUAAAAAUAAAAAAUUAAGUUGAACGAGCACAGCCAAGACCCGAGUCCCUAACAAGUUGGAGUUGGACCAUGCAAAUAUACCACGGCCACGAGUUCCACACAAGAGUUAUAGUUCCGUAUCCACAUCUCGAUAUUCAACAACACUAGUCUAUAGGUGCACCUACCCACCCACUCGCUCGCUCGCUCUCGUCACCACCAAAGUGCUUUUUGUAUAUUUAUAUCUCCAUCCCUAAACCCUAUACACAUAGGUAGUCCUCGGAAUGAUUUUGGAGAUGGAGUUUUUCAUUCUUGCUCUAAUUUUCUUCUCGCAAUCGAAUUUAAUAUUAUGCUUCUCUGCAAAGCAGUCAGCAUUGAUUUUGCCACUCGAAAUUUCUACAUCUCCACCAAAUAAAGUAUCGUUCCACCAUAAUGUUACCCUCACCGUCUCACUCACUGUUGGGUCGCCUCCUCAGCAAGUCACCAUGGUGCUUGAUACAGGUAGUGAACUCUCCUGGUUACACUGCAACAAAACUCCCACAACCCCAUUAACCUUAAAUCCUUCACUCUCGUCGACAUACCGUGCAAUCCCGUGUUUGUCGCCGACAUGCAGAACCAAGACACGAGAUUUCACUGACCCUGUUUCUUGUGACUCGAAAGGCCUCUGCCAUGCCACUCUCUCUUACGCGGACAGUUCCUCCUUUGAAGGUAAUUUAGCCUCAGACACGUUUAAUAUUGACAAUUCAGAUCUACCAGGGACGGUGUUCGGAUGCAUGGACAUGGGAUUCAGCUCCAACAUAGAGGAAGACUCCAAGACCACCGGACUAAUUGGCAUGAACCGGGGAUCUUUAUCCUUCGUUUCCCAAAUGGGGUUCUCCAAAUUUUCCUAUUGUAUUUCGGGUCAUGAUUCAUCGGGGAUUUUGCUCUUGGGAGAAGCUCAUUUUCCUUGGCUAAAGCCUUUGAACUACACACCACUGGUUCAAAUAUCAACACCUUUACCAUAUUUCGAUAGAGUUGCGUACACAGUUCAACUCCAAGGAAUAUCAGUAUCUGGUAAAAUUCUUCCUUUGCCGAAAUCCACGUUCGAGCCCGACCACACCGGUGCCGGCCAGACUAUGGUCGACUCCGGUACACAAUUCACGUUCUUGCUCGGCCCUGCUUACACUGCACUGAGAAAUGAAUUCUUGAAUCAAACUAGAGGCGUUUUAAGGAAAUUAGAAGAUCCCAAUUUUGUGUUUCAAGGGGCUAUGGAUUUGUGCUACAGAAUUGAGCAGAACAGGAGAGUUUUACCUCCAUUGCCAAGUGUGAAUUUGAUUUUUAGAGGAGUGGAAAUGAGUGUUACUGGGGAGAAAUUAUUGUACAAAGUUGGAGGCGCAAGCAGAGGAAGUGAUUCAAUAUAUUGUUUCACCUUUGGGAACUCAGAUUUGCUGGGUGUGGAGGCUUAUAUUAUUGGACAUCAUCACCAGCAAAAUCUGUGGAUGGAGUUUGAUCUUGCAAAUUCAAGGGUGGGAUUGGCUGAGUUUAGGUGUGAAUUAGCGAAUCAAAGAUUACGACCCUAAACUUACUUUCUUUUUAUUUUAUUUUAUCCUGAUAAAUUUAUUAUAUUUUACUUUGGGAAAAUAGUAGAAGAGAUCCCCUGAACUUUGAUACGCAUUGCACCUUGUCCCCUUUAUUAGCAUUUAUAUCCCAAAGAGAAUUGAUAAGCUUGUCUACAAAGAACUGAAGUAUACAAAAUGAAAGAUUAAAAGGAAAGAAUGUAGAUGAUGUAUCAUUGAACUUUUAGUGAAAUUUAAAUUUGACCACUCAACUUUGAUUUGUCACAAUUAUGUUCCUUGAAAUUUAGUGAAAGCUCAAUUUGCUCCCUCAA